AUGGAUGCUAUUGGUAAGGCAAGUAUUAAUGAAUUAGACUUUAGGACCCAGUUAGGAACACAGUCAGGACCCGACGACUUUGAAAUUGAAAUUGUGGAUAAUUUGCGAUAAACGUCAAUUUCGCUAAUAAUAAGUUCAGGUGGAAUUUCAGGAUAAUCGAUUUCGUGUUGUAUGCCGACAGGAGUGCUAUAUAAGGGGUCUAGGUGUUUCGUAACAGAGACGAAGGCAGCAUUUAUUUCCAGUCAGCAAGUUCACUGCCGCUGAUAGUCCUGCCUUCCGAGACGAUAGACAGUGGUACUUGCUUUUUAGGGUAGCCUGCUAAUUGUUUAACAGUGUCCCACCAUUUCUUAUUAUUGUUCUUAGAUUUCAACUCAUUUAACUUAGUAUUGAGGAAGGUAGAUUUUAAUCUUUUACACUCUCUAAUACAUUGAUUUCGGAGUUUGCAAUAAUAAUAAUAAUAAAGCCUUUUGCCGCUUUGCAAUAAGAUUUUUGUAGUUGGGGGUUAUCCAAGGUUUAUCGCUGGUAUGCAGCUUGACAGACUUCUUUGGUAGACAAUAGUGCAGUCCGGAUUCAAUGACAUUAUGGAGCAUAUUUAAUUUCGUUUCACAUGACACUGUUUGAUACAAACCCAACCAAUUAACUUGCGUUAGCCAUUCGCUGAAAGCACGUUUUGCACUCACGUUUCCUUGCCGAAUAAUUACUUUCUUAUGCUGGUUCUGUCUGUUAAUCUUUUGUAUGGAAAAUAAUACAGAGUUAUGGUCACUACGACCAAGUGGUGCAAUAAUACUGACUGGGGGACAAAAUGUAAAGCUCAUAGAUUGUGAAAUGUAAAAAAUUAUGAUUAAGUCCUAAAACUGAUUGAAUUUUGAUCUUGUCUUUGAACUGAAUUAUUUUUUUAUCCACUCGGUGUAUUCCAGCAGGUAUCCAGUAUUAUCAUGUGAGCAAAAAGCCUUAACCAAUAUCAGAUUAAACCAUCAUGUUUUUGUUUAUUUUCUAGGUGUGAUUCUGAUGUUGCGGCUACACAUCGUCCUGAACGAAGACGACGGUAUAGCGAGGGAGCAACACGUCGUCCGACCAGGCACGAUGUUCCUUCCUCGGAUGGUAUCGUGGACGCAUCGUAUUGUGAUCCACGUCGAGAGUCUAUACGAGAGGGAACAUAUUCGAUCGUGAACGCUGAGUCGGCUCGUAAUGGAGCAAAAUCGGACGAUACAAGAAUUCCAAGUCAAAUAAAGCGCGAAGGUCGUGCUUCGGUAACAAAACAUGUGAAUGGAAAAAGAACUGCAUUGCAAAAUGGCUGUAGAAUGGACGAUGAAAGCUCUUUUAAUCAAUUCGGUCAACGAGGAACGAGCCAGAGUAAUUAUAAAUCUAUACAGGUAAAGGAUUCGGGUCACGUUGUGUCCGAUGAACAAAGGAAAAUGGCGGAGUCCAAAUGUACGAAGACGGAAGUUGUCAAAGCUGGCAAAACAA